CGUUUUUCUGCUCAGCAGGCUCAUAAAGGGACGGUUUAAAGAGCAAAACUCUCCAAAGUAGCAUAGACCUCUCGCCACGACAGUGAUGGCAGCACCGAUGGAGAUCGCUCUUAGAUCAUACCAGGAGGAAGUGGUGCAGACGGCUCUAAAGGGGGAGAACAGCAUCAUCUGGCUGCCCACUGGUGGAGGAAAAACCCGAGCUGCUGUUUAUGUUGCCAAGAAACACCUGGAGACUACAGCCAAUGCCAAAGUGGCAGUGCUCGUCAACAAGGUGCACCUGGUAGACCAGCACUAUAACAAAGAAUUCAACGUUCAUCUUGGGAAGCCAUACAAGAUAAAGCCCAUCAGUGGGGACAGCUGUGACAAGGAAUUAUUUGGGCGUCUGGUCAAGGACUCAGACCUGGUCAUCUGCACGGCUCAGAUUUUGGAGAACGCCCUGAACAGCACGGAGGAGGAAAAACACGUAGAUCUCACAGACUUCACCCUGUUGGUCAUAGAUGAAUGUCACCACACGCAAAAGGAAAAUGUCUAUAACAAGAUUAUGGGCCGCUAUGUGGAGAAGAAAGUGAGAAAAGAAGGGAAGCUGCCACAGGUUUUGGGCCUCACGGCAUCACCUGGUACAGGAGGAAAUAAAUCACUGGAUAAAGCUGUGGAACAUGUCUUGCAGAUCUGUGCCAAUCUGGAUUCAGUAAUUGUGUCCACCAAGAAUUAUACACCAGCGCUCAAGAAAGUCGUCCCUAGACCCAAAAAGCAAUAUGACAUUGUUGAAAAAAGAGCUCUGGAUCCAUUUGCGGACCACUUGAAGUUAAUGAUGUCAAUGAUUCAUGAGUUCAUGCCAUCAACGGUGAGCCGUAGCCUGCGGGAUAGGGGCACACAGGAAUAUGAAGCUGAUGUGGUGGAACUAGAGAAAAAAGGUGUAAUAGAAGAGAACAGACUGAUCGCUCAGUGUGCACUGCAUCUGCGGAAAUACAACGAUGCUCUUCUCAUUAACGACACCGUUCGCAUGGUGGACGCAUUCAACGUUCUGGACGAGUUCUACAAUUCAAGGAAAAACAAAUUGCUGGAUGGAACAGACUUCUUUCUACAGGGACUUUUUGAUGAGAACCGCGUGGAGCUAAAACAACUGGCAUUGGAUGCCCGCUACGAAAACCCCAAACUGGCCCAGUUGCAAGUGGUGCUGCUGGAAGAGUUUAGAGAAAAAAAGUCUCGCGGUAUACUCUUCUCGAAGACGCGCAAGGGCACACAUUGUCUGUAUGACUGGGUGAACUCCAACCAUGAGCUGCUGAAGGUGAAAAUCACUGCUGGCAUUCUCACUGGAACGGGUACCGGUGCCGAACACAUGAACCAGAAUGAACAGAAGAAGACCAUCCAUGAGUUUAGAGAAGGAUUCCUCAACCUCCUCAUCUCUACCAGUGUGGCCGAGGAAGGACUUGAUAUUCCAGAAUGCAACUUAGUUGUACGUUACGGCCUGUUGACCAAUGAGAUCGCUCAGCAGCAAGCCAGUGGGCGGGCUCGGGCUGAGAACAGCGUCUACUCAGUGGUGGCUGAAGAAGGUGGGCGUGAAAUGCGCAAGGAAUUGACCAAUGAGUAUCUAGAAAGUCUGACCUCAAAAGCUAUUGACCAAGUACAGAGAAUGAGUCCCAGGGAGUUCAGAAUCAAGAUAUCUAAACUCCAACAAAUGUCUAUUCUUAUUCGGCUUGAAACUGAGAAGAAAAAGGAUGCGAGGAAGCAGCGCUACAGUCCUGCUGAGGUUCAGCUUCAUUGCAGAGGAUGUUUCCUUCGUGUCUGCAGUGGAGAAGAUAUAAAAACGAUAGAGAAUUCACACCAUGUCAAUAUCAACCCUGAGUUUAAGAGGUUUUAUAAAACUGGUGGGCAAGUAGUUCUGGAGAGGACUUUUGAAGAUUGGGAGCCUGGACGGGUUAUCAGCUGCAGUAAAUGUGGACAGGAAUGGGGAUUGGAGAUUAAAUUCAAGAGGGUGGCAAUACUCCCCUGUUUGAAAAUAAAGAACUUUUCCUUGAAUACUCCUCAUGGCAAAGUCCCUUGCAAGUACUGGAAGAAUGUUGAGUUCCAGGUGCCAGAGUUUGACUUCAUUGAAUACAUGAGCAGCUCUUACCCUGACCUGGACUUUCUAGAUGACUGACACGACUAAACUCAGCCAGGACCCUGUAACCCUCACUGUGCCAGAUUUUCUGUCUGCAGUGAGUAUUUCUGUACCAGUGGCUUUUACGUUUAGACUGCUGAUUACUGUUCAUUAGCAUAAUUUAAAAAUGAAAUUAUCCAUCCUGAUUUCAUCUUGGUUAUUCACUGAUGUUGGGGGUCAUAGCAGCUUUUGUGGUAGUCAAAAUACAGUUUGGAACCUCUGUUCAAUACAAUCUAGCUGUUUGUAAACUUUAAAUGUUUGUGCUUCAAAUUCAACCUUUUACUUUUUUGUACAUUAAGUUUUUGUCUUUUUUGUUUCAUUUAUGGGUUUUGUUUUAUUUGAUUUUGUCUGAGAAAGGUCUCUCUCUCUCUCUCUCUCUCUCUCUCUCUCUUUGUGUGUGUGUGUGUGUGUGUGUGUGUGUGUGCGUGUGUUAAAUGUUUUGACACUAUAUUUAUAUUUAACAUAUUUUCUUUGAUUUUUCUGUUGUCCCUCUCAGGGAUCAGGACUGUGCUGCUCUAUGAUUAUUAGUUAUUGUUUACAUUGCUGUGCAAUAUGCUAUAAAUGCACUCCAAGGAGUCCAAGCUCCUUAUGACCCUCAUUGUACACUGCAGUAGUCUGCUCAGACCAUCACUUUCAGAUUGCUCGAACAUUUACAUAUAUUCAUUUAACAGAUGCUUAAAUGAGGAGAAAUAUGAACACACUUCGAAAUCUUUAAACCUUUAUUUAUAGACUAGGUUUAGGUUUAUUUAAAACUUUUUCUCAAAAAAAGUUAAAUUUAUGUCUUAAAUAUUCUUUCCUUUUUAAAUUUCUACAUAACAUUAACAAAUGAGAUUAUGUAUAUUGCAUCUGUAAUAUACAUUUUUUAAAUGAAUAAAACAAUCAUGCUCUGUA